GAACCAAAGAUUAUCAGAAAACGGAACCAUAAACUACGGCAAACCGGAAGUGUACCAACAUUUUCCUGCCCGCCCCGUUUGUAGCAUGUAAACUGAUGAUUGUAUUUGUUGUUGUUUUAUCUUUUCUGCCUUUAAAAUCGUUGCACGUUGAAAACAAAUGGACUCAAAGGGACCCGCUCUUUACGCAGCAGGCAGCUCAGCAGAUAUGUCUCGAAGCGAGGAGGAAUCUCUUGUGGACGGACCACUGAUCUCUGCAGAUGCCCUCCACUCUGCCAUCAGGAGAGAGUUUCAGGCCAUCCCAACACCCUGCCACGCCGGCGUGCUGUCACUGCUGCAUGUUGUAUAUGUGGUGUUGUCAGUAUGUGUGGCAGUGCUGUGUGUGUUGGAAUUAGGCCAACAGGAGGUGUGUAUGAAUAUUUUGGGUAACGUGCAAGGGGACAGUGUCAUUGUGUUCGGGAAGGUGUGUGUGUGGGUGCUGGUGCUGCUGUUCACUGGGUGUGUGCAGCACCACCACAGCCAGGCCCGGAGCAAAGGCUACCUGCGCUUCUACAGACAGAUGCAGGGAGUCAAACACCUCCCACUCACCGUGCACUCUGCAGGAAAUGUUCUGUUGCUGGUGGUUCUGGCUGCUCGAUUAUCACAGGCUGUCCAAACCUACAUGCUCCUCAGCAUCCUGGCGGUGGAGCUCUUGGUGGCGUUGCCUUGUCUCCUCUAUUACACAGUCCAGGUGAUGCGGUUCAACAGGGAGCGACCUGCACCAGACGUGAGCCAAGAAGAACAUUCACACAACUACAGCAUCACAAGCCUGCCGACUGAGACCGGCUUCAGAGAGGGCUCCAGCCUGGAGGAGGUGGUGGAGAAGCAGGCCGACCUGAUUGAGUACCUGAAACAGCACAACAUCUUACUGAGCAAGAGGCUGCUCAACCUCACCGCUCAGCACUGACCACAGUCUUUCCUCCUCCUCCUCCUCCUCCUCUCCUCCUCCUCCCUGUGAACCAUUUUACCACUCCGCUCUCUUAACACAAAGAAGAGGAGGGGGAGAAUAAAAUCUCUGUGAGAAUGAAAGGACAAGCUGGAAGAAACACUGGAUAAAAGACUAAAAGUAAGGAAAAUCCCUCUGCACACAAGCACCUGUACGCACAGACUUAAGACGGGAGGGCUUCUCCACGAGAUGGACAGAUACCGCAGGAGUAAGAGGAGGACAGUGGAAGAGGCAAAGAGGAGGAGAGGAGUCGUGGGUCACAGAUCAGAGGUGAGGGGUUUUUAUGACCGUCUUCUGACCCCCGGUGACCCACGUAUGCUGCCGCUUGUGUUACUGUGAGAGAGGAGGCGACAUUGUUUUAGAGAUCAUCUGCACUGAAGAGGAGCUGGAAAAAUUACCGAGGGAGGGGUUUUCACUUAUCAGGGUCAAACAAGAGAAAGAGAUCAUGUAAAGCUAUAAAUGUCCAUAAGUGCUUUUUUUUUUUUUUUAACUGAAUGUGUGAAUGCUUUAUUAGGUAGCAGUUUUUUCUAUCCCUGCAAUCAUUGACUUUGUCUAUUUGUGAUCACAUUACAAUAAAUAUGUAAUAUACA